AUGGCGCAAGUGGAUGAAGUGAAUCUACUAGAGCGCUUGGAGGCCCUCUUGGUGGAGGAUCCCAAGGUGGGCUACCGGAAGCUGCAUGAGAAGCUGAAGACGGAGGAAGACUUUAAGGAGCUGAGCCUGAAAAAGGUGCAGGCUGCUCUGCAAAAGUUGAGGAGUUCAGACUUCGCAUCCAGAGGGCUUUUGCUCUACAGUGCUUCGGACGACGGCACCCUGCGCGAAUGGUCCCACAGCGGCGAGCUGCUGCGGAGCUUCGCGGGGGUCGAAGGGGUGCAGUGCGUGCAGGUCACUGAUGACUACAUCAUUGGCGGAGAUAGCUCAGGGCUGAUGAGAAUUUGGUCUCGGCCUUCUGGGGAAAUCUACAAAGACGUGAAGGUGGCAACAAGAUAUGUUAAGAGCAUCUUGGUCUCUGGCGAGCACGUCUUCACUGGCGAUUAUUGCAACUUGGUGCAGCAGUGGCUGUUGGCCACGGGUGAGCUUCAGGCGCAAUACAAGGGACACAAAGCUGGGGUGAUCUCUAUGGCCAUGGCAGGCAACGUGCUGGUGGCCGGCGGAGGUGAUGGACAGGUGCUCCUUUUCGACCAGUCCAAGGAAGCGGAGGUCGUUGACGGUGUCCGCGUUGUGGAGGCCGUUGAGAGCAUCUACAAGGCCAACGGCUUUGUUUGCAGCUUGGAGAUUUGCGAGGAUAGACUGCUGGUGCCGGACCGCGAUGAGCACAAGGUGGCCAGUCUCCGCUUGUUUUCUCACACCAACGAAUUGGUGCCGGAGAACAUCCGUGAUGUGAGGAUCUACAAGUGUUCAAUGCCCGUUUGGCAAGCAACGAGCGCUGGGAAAGACUUCGUCCUAGCCCUUUGCCGGGACUUCACGGUGAAGAAAUUUGCGUCCGGAUCCAGGCAACUCCUGAUGACCAUCAAAGUGACGCCGCAGCAUCAGGAAGCGAAGAAUCCAUACGUGUUCAAAGUGCAGGGUGACAGGUGCUACGUGGGUUAUCUGAACUCCGGUGAGAUUGCAGCCUUUUCCUUGCAAGAUGGCAAGCGGCAGGAAGCUAAAGGUUUCCUUGGACAUAGAGGCUCAGUCAAUGCCUUUUGCAUCAAGGCGUGCCAUUUGAAAUCGCGCGCGAUUCUCCGAGCGGCGGAGCAGAAAGAAAUCUCGCCAUUGCACUGUGGGGCCUAUUAUACCAGUACUUCACUGACCUCCUUGAUGGACCCAGUGCUCCUGCAGCGUGCUGCGGAGCUUGGAAAUGCGGAGGCGGUUCGUUUUUUCGGGGCGCAAUACGUGCUGGGUGCCGCAUUGCUCACGGGGCAAGGCAUAGAAAAGGAUCUGCCGCGUGCCGUGGACCUCUUUCGGUGCGCGGCGGAACAGAACCACGCAGGGGCCAUGUGCAAUUUGGGCGUGCUCCAUGCGCAGGGGCUGGGUGUUGAGAAAGACGAAGAGAUGGCAAAGUCCUUCUACGAACGGUCUGUUGAGCUGGAAGACCCCAAUGGUUUCUUCAACUUGGCUUUGGUCUACGCCCAAGGCCGCGACAAAGACUUCGCCAAGGCUGCGCAGCUGGCCCGUCUUGCCCAACUCGGGGGACAUCAGCAGGCGGAGGAGCUGUUGGAGUCCUUGCCGGGGCAAGAUGAGUACAUCUUGUGCCGCCUGCGUGCGCUGCAGAAUCGCACGGCUGAUUUGAUCGAGGACCUGCGUGCUAACUCCACCGCUUCCGCGCAGCAGAACUUGGCGAAGCUGGCGAAGCGCCUGGAGGAACUCCGGCACGAGAUGGCGUCCAGAAAGGUCAGCGAGACGAGGGCGCAGCUGUCCCCCACUUCCACUCCUUUCGUGUCGGUGGCCGUUCGCAUCAGGCCUGGCCUCUCCAAUGAUCCUGUGAUACUAUGGGAAAGUAGCGAUCGUGGACGACAUCCGCGGGUUUGCUGCCAUCGUGGCUAUCUAAUGGAGGAGUACGAGUUCUCCCGUGUCUUUGGACCAGAGGACGACAACCAACGACUCUUCUCCGAAUUGCAGGCAGAAGCCUUGACGGAGAGCGUCUUCAGCGGCGUCAAUGAGACGCUCUUCGCCUAUGGCCAGACUGGCAGCGGCAAGACGCACACGAUCUUCGGUGGUGCCAAAGAUGCCGGACUUCUGGAGCUUUUCGUGCAGCAGAUCUUUGCAGCGCGUGGGCCCUUUGCCACGGAAAGCUCAUCCUCGUCGGUUCAUCUUUGCUGCUAUGAAGUCUUGGGCGAGUCGCUGACCGACCUCUUGGAUUCCUCCAAUUUGCUUGCAGAAGGAGCCUUACAUGAGGACGACAUCGUUUACGAUGAACUUUACAUCAAGACACAGAAGUGUCGCUAUCAGAUCUGCCACGUGCGCUCCGCGGAGCAGUGCCUAGCCCUGCUGCACCUGGCGCGCCGAAGGCGCACCUCAGGCGUGUCCUCGCAGAACAGUGACUCCUCGAGGUCACAUGCCAUCGUGCACCUCUUCGUUCAGACUCCUCAGCGCAAUGGAGCCGCGGCCAUUGGGACUUUGACCCUCGUGGACCUCGCAGGGACGGAGAAGGAACAGGAAAAUCCCUCAGAACAGGGUCGGAAGUCAGCGCGACUUCUGAACACCUCCCUUUGCUCGUUGAAUCGCCUGCUGCGAAAACUGCAGAUGGGAUGCCUAGACGAGUCUGAGCGAAGGCAAAGUGUGCUGAACAAAUGUCUCUGGGAAUACCUCCGGCCGGGCUGCGGAAUAGCGCUGAUCUUCUGUGUGAGCCCUUUGCUCCAGCAUCGAAGUGCGAGCCUCUCGACCCUGGCCAUGGCCACGGACGAACGGGGGCAGACAUGGGGCAGACAUGACGAAGCAUGGGGAUUUGAUGGCUAUGGGCUCAAAGCACCUCGCCGACUGCAGGCCCAGUUGGGGGAUAGGCACCUCUCCACGUCCUGUGCCUCCGGCGCCACGCCCGGAGCUCACCAUGGACCCAGCGAGCGCUGGAAGCUCAGGAAGCUGGAACGCAAUGCUCGGCGCUACGAGCGCUUGCGACAGGAGGUGAAUGUUGGGUCACCAGCAACGGGACAGGUGGAACGUGCCCAUGAAGAGUUGGCCAACGACAACCAGUCGCUGAAGCGCAGGAUGACCCAGGGAUUCGUGGUGAAUGUGAAUCUCUCCGCGCUCUCUUCGUGCGUCAGCAGCAGCAGCACAUCGCCUUUUGGUCGGGACCGUUCCUGGUGCGGAGCACCCAGUGACGGCCGCAUGGCCCGUGGCGUUAUCCACAAAGAACUUGCAUCCGCUGGGAGAACUUGGGGAACUCUGAAGACCAUCAAGCAAAGCUUGUUGGUCGCUUCUGUGGAUUCAAAUUCUUCGGAUGAGCAUUUCCUCACGCCACUGCACGUUGCCUGUGCCGAAGGGAAUUUCGAUACUUGGAUGGUGGGUUGUUUUCAGUUUUUGGGACGUUGA